AUGAUAAAGGAUGAUAAUUAUGAAAGGGAAUUUGAGUUGAAGGAGUUAGAGAUAGAAACAAGGAAUGCAGUUUAAGUAAAUGAUAAGAUUAAGGUAGUUUCAAGACCUGUUAAAUUGGUGUGUAGCUUAAAAUAAGUCAAAAAGAAAGGAGCUAUUUGAGACAUUUGAGUUUGAGGAUGAAGAGAAGGUUCCAGUUUUAUAAGACUUAGAUUCAAUUAGAGCGAUGACAGAGUAGAUGUAAACCAUGCAAAAGAAUCUAUAGAGUAAGUAUACUUUGAUUAAGAAAACUAAACUGCUAUUUGAAAAGAAAGUAAAUUAAUUAAGAGAAGCAUUGGGUAAUAUUCGAGUGAAAGAGUUUGAAGUGAAUGAUGAUUCAGUGAUAAAGGAGUUACACUUAGCUAAUAAGAGAAUGUUGGAGUUUUAAUAAUUGUCAGAGAAAUUCAGAAAAAACUAAUAGAAGCGUCAAGAAUUGUAACAAAAAGAAUUAGAAAAUGAAUAAGAACAGUUAAGAAAGCAACAAUAACAUAUAUUAGAAUUGAAGAUGGAGAAUUAGAAGUUAUUAGAUAAAAUAUAAUAAUUGGAUUUAGAAGAGUAAGAAAAAAGGAGAAAAUUGCAUGAAUGUUAUUAGACGAGUGAAUACAUAGAGUUUUUCACCGAAGUUCAAAUGUUGCAACAAGACAAAGAAGUUUCAACAAACUCAAAUGAAUAAUCAAGAUAAUUUGGGAGAGAUAGAUAAUCUACAAGACAUGAGAUAGUAACAAUGAUGGAUGAAUUUUAUAAAAAUCAAAAUAUCCAUUAAUUAACUGAAGAAAUUACAGAAUUUUACAGGUCUAUGGUUGAAUAAUUGAAGGUACAGACACAUACAUACAAUAUGUUGAUUGAAGAAAAGGCUUUAAGGAAAUUAUAAUUGGAAGAAGUGAUUGAAGAUAUCAAUAAAUUAAGAGAUUUUUCUUGUAAUGUAUCUCAACAAGAUAUAAGUUAGAUUAAUUAGGAAGGUUCGAUUAAUGCAAUCAAUGUAGAAGUACCUUCAGUGAUACAGGAAAAUAAUCAAUUAGGCAAUUAUGUCAAACAGAAUUAGAUGUGUCUAAUAGCUAUUCAUAUGAAAGCUAUUGAUAUGAUAUCAAGAGUGUGUAUAGGAUUAAUCUGGCUUAGUGAAACAUCUAAAAUGGUACCUAAAUCUCUAGAUAAUCUUUGUUCCUAAUAUUUGAAGGGACAUUCUAAAGCUGAAAUUAAGUUAUUUAUUCCAAAAAAAUACCCAAAAUCAUAAAAGUUUGGAUCUUUUAUAUCUAUUAUCAAUAGAAAUAAAAAUGAAAUUAGUCCCAAAGGUAGUAGUACCAAUAUUGUAACAACAACAAUGAAUAAUAUUGACAAGAGUUUUGAGAAUGAAUAGUUGAUUCAAAGUUUGAAUCGCUUUAAAUAAUUAAAAAAUGGAUAUGAAUAAAUUUAACUCACUUGGAUGACACUUGUUAAAAAUGAUUUACUAACUUAUAAAUUUGUUAAGGAUUUCAACUUAGAUCAAAUUGAAAUCAAUUAACCUCUUUAAGAUAUAAUAUUGCAAUUACACAUUGUUUAUGCAGAGGUAAUUUCCAAAAUUAAUUACUUUUAACAUUAUGAAUAUUAAUUUGCCUAUUUUAGAGACAUUAUAAAAAUGAUCAACUAAACUAAGAAUAAAAUUAACAUCAACAAUAGCAACCAUAGAUUAUGUGAUUCUACCCAUUUGAGUAACAGUUACACUCCAAAUAAAUACAUUGAAACCACUUAUAAAGGUCAAUUAAAACGAUUAACUCAUCCUUUAGUUGAAGAUGAUGAACCUCUUGUUACUUAAGAUAAUGUUAAGAAAAUACAAAAAACUAGUGAUGAAACUAAAUUUCAUUAAUAUUUUAUUCAGCAAUCCAGCAUCAUUUAACGUAAAUCACCCCUUCUACAUGAAAAACUAAUAUCAUAAACUUUACAAACUAUAGAUUAAAUGCGCAGAAAAGAAUUAGAUGACAAUUAUUAAACUUCAGAUCAAGCUGCUUCAGAUAUUGAUUAUCUCAAUUAAGAACGUAGAAAUCUAAAGGGAAUGCUUAAUAAGAAAAUAUAAUAAUAACAAUAGUAUAUAUCUAAAUCAGAAGAAAAAGAUCUAAUCACAUCAAGAUCAAUUAUGAAACAAGUUAGUCUUUUAUCCAAAAUUUCACAUUGUAAUUUAUUCAAAUUAUUAUAGUAUCUAGAGUCAAUUCUAAUUAAAAUUAUACCCAAGUCAAUAAAUCAAUUCAAAGAUUGAAUUAAACUGUUCAAAAGAAAAUGUCAGAAUACUUCACCUAAGAUUUAAAUUCUCAGGAGAAUAGGAUAAGAUAUCCACCUAUUGAAAAGAAGAUAUCAUCUCGUUCUCCAGAAUAAAACAAAAAAUCCAUUAUUGAUACCUUUCAUAAGGAUCUUUCGUCAAUGAUCUUGAAUUCUACUUCAAAUGGUCGUUCAUUUAUGGCCUGA